AUGUCACCUUUUGCAGAUAUAAUUCACAUCGAAACUGGACGAAAAUAUCCUAAAAUUAUUAUAGAACAAAAUCGAUUUACUAUAAACUCAAUGAACAACUCUAGGACCAAUUGGAGAUGCAGUCAAUACCCGAAGAGCAAAUGCAAAGCUUCUUUAGUGACUUAUGGAAAAAUUGUUAAAGUCAAUCAUUCUCACAAUCAUCCCCCUACUAAUCCCUCUGUAGCAGAACUUGUACCGCAAACGGUUACCAUUAUUCGAAGCCAAAGUGUGGAAGAACCAUUUUAA